AAAUGGUGCAACUUACAAAAUGGUCACGCCGCAGAGCAGCGCCAAUACUGCUGCCAGAGUGUUGUGUUUCCAUAGUGUUUUUUGUGGAUUAUAUCUAAUAUAUUAGAUUUCUUUCUUUCUUGUGGAGAUGUCGGCCAAGACACACGAAGUCGGAGUCUUUCUCGAGCUGAGGAAAAGGCUGCGAUGUGGAUCUCUUAUAAUCGGGAAAGAUGUUGCUGCAAACCCUGCUGAUGUGACCAUGACCGGUGGAGAUUCUUCUCUUCACAUCCUGACCCCCAGAGGCAAGGUGACCUUAACUUUGCCACAAGGAUUCUCCUAUGAAGAGGAAUCUUGUAUUCCGACAGCGGGGGAUGAAUCCUGCAGAGAGGAGCUACAUUUCAGACUGCGAAUAAGUGUUUCACAUGACAACAUUGAAGAGACCUCAGACACUAUAGUGAAGACACUGCGGGCACAGGAGACUUAUUGCUUUUACUGUCAGAGCUGCACAACCAGACUGCUCGAGGACAGAUUGUUCAAGCGGGUUCUUCCUCUCCCAAACGGCAACUGGAACUCCCUUGUGGACGACUGGUGUUGCCAUCCAGAUCCUUUUGCCGGCAAGAUGCUGCCCCGAACAGAAGAUUGUUUACUGGGUGACACCUUCUUUCUCCUUGCCAGAGAUGGCAGCUGUGAAGAGACUCUCCUGCAGGAAGUAAGCUCCGCUGGUGCGCAGGAUAGUGAAGAUCCAAAGAAAGUGUGCCAAAGAAAAGCAGUUGUGUCCUGCACAAGCUGUUCAUCAGUGCUUGGAGAGGCUUUGACGCCAGAGACCCUGAAACUGUACAUUACACAGGUCGUAGUGGAGCCCCUUGUGGGGGACCGUAAACCAGAUUCUUUAGUUAACAGAUCAUUCUUCUUGGAGAGAACUGUAGCAGCCAGACUGGCAGAGCUUUCCAACUCUCUGAGCUUCUUCCACUUCUGUGUUCAAACGCCAAAUGGAAAACCUUUCUUACUGCUCUGGCUUCUGAACAGUGACUCCAUCAUAGCGUCAAUCCCACAGUGGUCUGCUAAUCCCUCCACAUGCCUUAGUUCAUCACUUAGAGCUGCACGAGCCCUCAAACUCCUCUACAUACGCUGCUCUCAUGUGGACGCCGAGCAGCAGGAAGUCAUCACCAGCUGGGAGGUCAAUGCCACAGGACACCCUGUGGUGCUCCCGCUGAAGGUGUGUGAAGAACUACUACAAGUGAUUGACGACAGCAAUGCUACACUUCCUGCAUCGAUGCGUCACAUGAGAGCGUACGAGGUGGCGUACCUACGACUGUGAACACUAAGAAGAGAAGCCUGGCUUUUGAGAACCUACUUUUUUUUACUACUUUUUACAGUUUGUGAAGCAGCUGCGUAUCACAAGUAACCUUGAAGAAAAGGACGCAAACGUUUAAGACAUGAUUGCUUGUGAGCAGGCUGCUACAUUUGAGCUUUUAUCAAUAAAAAUGGCUUAAAAACC